AUGCAAUAUAAACGAUUCCAACAAGAGACUCGUUUAGAUCCUGAUAUGCAAAUACUAAGAAAAUACAUAGAAACAGAUUGGCCCUUAGAUAAACAUGCGGUUCCAGAUAGCAUAAAAGUAUAUCUAACUUACAAAGACGAACUUUCAGUGAUAGACGAUAUAAUCUAUAAAGACACUCGUAUGGUUGUUCCUUCUAAACUACGACAAGAAAUGUUAAACAGAAUUCAUUACAAUCACUUAGGUAUUGAAAAAUGUAAAAUGCGUGCUAGAGAGGUCCUCUUUUGGCCCGGAAUGUCGAAACAAAUUACUGAUAUGGUACAAAAUUGCGAAGCGUGUCUACGUUUUCAAAGAGCUCAACAUAAAGAAACGUAUAUUACAAGAGACAUACCGCAUGGUCCAUGGCAAGUGAUUGGUGUAGAUUUAUUUCAUUAUGCAGGCAGUGAGUACUUAUUAGCUGUAGAUUAUUACAGUAAGUAUGUGGAAAUCGCCCAACUUCGCGAUACCUCUAGCAAAACAGUUAUAAUACAUCUUAAAUCGAUGUUCGCGAGACUUGGUAUACCUCUCUUAAUAUAUUCAGACAAUGGUCCUCAGUUUCAGAACACACACUUUCGCGAUUUUGCAUCAAAAUGGAAUUUUAAUCAUAAAACUUCUAGUCCUAGAUAUCCACAGUCCAACGGACUCGCAGAACGUUUUGUCGGAACAAUCAAGCAAAUGUUAAAAAAAUGUGAGUAUGACGGAAAAGAUAUUUAUCUUGCACUUCUUGAAUAUAGAAACACUCCUAUAAGUGACAAAAUACCCUCUCCUACAGAACUUAUGUUCGGUAGAAAAAUUAGAGGUAUAUUGCCAAGUACAAGAAACUCUAAACAGAACUUUAAACCAGAUGAUAUUCGACACAUGCUUGAAGAACGACAAAAUGUUUACAAGAAAUAUUAUAACAAAUCCGCAAAAGACUUAAAUUCCUUUAAAACAGGUGAUCAGGUUCUAAUUAGGAAAGAUACCCACAAUUCACUACAACCUGCGGAAGUUGUGGAUAUCUGCGAUAGGCCUAGAUCUUACAAAUUGGAAACGUCCGAUGGAUCCAGUAUAGAGAGAAAUCGUCGACACAUAUACGCAGCCCCUCGAUCCCAAAAACCAUAUUUGCGUAAUUGGGAAUUAGAAUGUAAUCUGUCUUCACAGUCUGAAUAUAAUCAUGCUGAAAAAGAUAAGAAUUAUCAUUACGAAAAUGCACUUAAUGAACAGAUGGUGUCGACUACUUCUCCAAACGUUGAGCAUAGCUCACUAGUAACGGCUGAUAAUUCGCCUAGUCAACGUUCUACACGUCCGUCGAGAAUUAUCAAGCCUCCCUCGUACCUUAAAGAUUAUGUUACUUACUAA